GGAGUUUCAUUCACAUAAUGAUGGAUUGACUAUAAUGGAAAAUUAUUCUACUUUUGGUGGAUUGCUUCUCAUUUUCUUAAAAUCCAAAACUGGAGAAAAAUAAUAUGUUGAGUAAACUGGAGGAUAUUAUUCUAUGUGAUAAUAUACACAGACAUUGGCAUACAGAGUUGAGUUUUAUGAGUAAUUAUUAAAACAAAAUGCUUUAAAUAUGUCAUUAAAACUCUUGAUAGCUACUAGAGUACAUGACAAAGGAAGUAUAUUUAUAACUCUCACUCUAUUGCAUUUCAUUGUACAUACAUAUACUAUGCCUGUGGGUAUAACAGAAACGUUGAACACAAGUCAUGUUGAAUUUGUACGUAUAAAUUCCAAUGGGAAUCAAAGUCAACUGGAAAAUAGUAAUCAGUCUUAUGUCACAAAUGGAGUCCUCAGUACACAGUUGGGUAAAAAUAAUUCCAACGAAAUAUGACAACCAGUCAUGCCAGUUAUAAAGAUUCCGCUGUUCUAAGCACUCCUGUACCACUCAUCAACAAGACAAUUAGUUACAACAACAUUUCAAAUGUGACUACAAAGGCAGAUUCACUUGCUCAAACCAAUGAAUCAGAUAAAAUCAGCAGUAACCAAGUAACAAGCACACAACAAAAGGUUGCUAGCACUUUGAAACCGACAAAUGAGCCAAUCAUUAGUACAAAUUCAGGUAUCAAAUUCUUGAAAUAUAACACUGGUGAUACAAUACAUCUGAAAUGUCGGAUUGCGAAAGGACCAUAUCUGGUAUUAUGGAACAAAUUGGGUCUUGACUAUCCACUGACAAUAGGAAAGAAUCGUUUUAUACCGGAUGAGAGAUUUCAUGUACAGUAUAAACCGCCGAAUCGUUGGCAUUUAGUUAUUAAAAAUGCUCAAUUAAAUGAUACUGGUGUAUAUUCUUGUACGACUGGCUCUGGACUUGGCGACAGCGCUAGCAGUAAAGACUCUAGUGGUAAUUCACAUUCAUCAAACAAGAAUGAAAACUUGGAGUCGUCUGUGACUAGAAGACGUCAAUCGAAAAUGAAGAUAACAGAUGAUACAGCGAAAAGAAAACUGAAAGGUCGUGAAUAUUACGUCUCAGUGGUUGAACCGCUACCGUCUGAAAGAUAUCAAGUUGACGUGCCUAUAAGUAAGACAUCAAUGAAGAAUAAAACUAUAACAGUGACUGGUCCAAAUCUUGUAUUUUACGGUACCCCACUUGAAUUGAUAUGUCGUGCUAGUUUCCCGUCUUCAGAAGCUAAACUUGAUCCAACCAUCUCCCUGGAAUGGUAUCAUCGUGGAAUUCGACGUUUAUCAAAUCCAUACAAAUCUGGUGGUGUAUAUAUUACCCUUCGAUGGCUGGAUUCACAUCUGCUAGAGAGUCGAUUAUUCAUAGCCUGGGCAAGUGAAGCAGAAGCAGGCCAAUGGAUAUGUUUAGAAAGAUCAAAUCCUAUUAAAAAGGGGAAUUUAACACAGAUGUCACCGAAUUAUCAUAAACUGGAAUAUAUGGAGUUGAAUUCACAGUCACCUGCCUACCUUAAUAAGUCUGUAACAUACAGUCCAUCAAGGCUUGACUUUGUUUAUGAUAAAAUUUAUAUUGAAAUAAUUGAUCUCCCUGAUAUGACAGACUCUGCACACUCGACACCAGUCAGUACAUCAUCUGAUGUGCCAACACUAUCCUCCUCCUCCUCGUCGUCGUCCCUCGUCAUUUUCAUCACCUCUACACUCAUCAUCAUCAUCAACUUUCAAUCGUAAAUUCAUUCGACCAAAUACACUGGCUGAAACAAAUCAUUUAAAGGUAAAAAAUGAUGCAAAAUUAUCUUUUGUUGAACGUUUAAUACGUUCAAUGAAUUAUUGUACACGUUUACAAGUGAACAAAGACACAUUUAUAGUUUUCAUUUUAUUAAAUUGUUACUUUUACACAUCUGUAUUACAUCAUAUUUUAUAAGAAAAUGUGAAAGGGAGAAAAGCUUUGUGGAGAGACCGAGAGAGAUAGAGAGACAAUCGCAAAAGUUUUUAAACAGAAAUCUGUCUUCAGUAUAAACUAAGGGGAUUUUAUUUUGAUUUAGAUUUCAUUGGUAUUACUUUAUUCUUUUCUUAUCUUAAAAUGUGUUUUUACCUUCCAUUGUUAAUUAUUAUUUAUGUAAAGGAAGGCAAAGAUAUCUAUACAUGUAUAUGUAUGUGUUUAUUUUCUUUUUAUUGAAAGAACACAGAGUUAAUUUAUAAGUAAUGAGUUCUUUUUUUUCUGCUUACAGAGACAUUAAAGAUGCUGGGGUAAACUGGCGUCAAAUAUAACAUGUUAAUUUGGGUCUGUU